GCGUCCCUGGCCGACAUGGAGCUGCCGCAGAUGCCGGAGCUGAUGGGGCUGUCCCUGUUGGUGGGGCUGUUGGCCCUGAUGGCGACGGCGGCAGUGGCGCGGGGGUGGCUGCGCGCCGAGGAGGAGAGGAGCAGCCGGCCGGUCCGCCAAAAGGUAAAUGGAUCCAAAAAAUCGGGAACCAAGAAGCAGAAACAGCAUCAGCGGAUUCGCAAGGAGAAGCCUCAACCACACAACUUCACCCACCGUCUUCUGGCUGCAGCACUAAAGAGCCACAAUGGGAACAUCUCUUGCAUGGACUUCAGCAGCAACGGCAAGUACCUAGCCACCUGUGCAGAUGACCGCACAGUACGCAUCUGGAGCACCAAGGACUUCCUGCAGCGGGAGCACCGCAGCAUGAGAGCCAAUGUAGAGCUGGACCACGCCACCCUGGUGCGCUUCAGCCCUGACUGCAGAGCCUUUGUGGUUUGGCUGGCCAACGGCGACACCCUACGUGUCUUCAAGAUGACCAAGCGGGAAGAUGGAGGCUUUACCUUCACUGCCACGCCCGAUGACUUCCCUAAGAAGCACAAGGCGCCUGUCAUCAACAUUGGCAUUGCUGACACAGGAAAGUUCAUCAUGACUGUGUCUAGUGACACCAUGGUCCUCAUCUGGAAUCUGAAGGGUCAGGUGCUGUCCACUAUCAACACCAACCAGAUGAACAACACCUACGCUACUAUCUCCCCGUGUAGCAGGUUCGUGGCCUCUUGUGGCUUUACUCCAGAUGUGAAGGUCUGGGAAGUCUGCUUUGGGAAGAAAGGGGAUUUCCAGGAGGUGGUGCGAGCCUUUGAACUGAAGGGUCACGCCGCAGCUGUCCACUUCUUUGCCUUCUCCAAUGACUCCCGGAGGAUGGCCUCUGUGUCCAAGGAUGGCACGUGGAAACUGUGGGACACGGACGUGGAGUACAAGAAACAGCAGGACCCCUACUUGCUGAGGACAGGCCGCUUUGAAGAGGCAAGCACCAUGCCAUGCCGCCUGGCCCUGUCCCCUGACACCCAUGUGUUGGCCUUGGCCAGUGGCACCAGCAUCCAUCUCUUCAACACUCGUCGGGGUGAGAAGGAAGAGUACUUCGAGCAGGUCCAUGGGGAGUGCAUCACUGAUUUGUCUUUUGACAUCACAGGCCGCUUCCUGGCCUCAUGUGGGGACCGGGCGGUGCGGCUCUUCCACAACACCCCUGGCCACCGGGCGGUGGUGGAGGAGAUGCGGGACCUCCUGAAGCGGGCCUCCAGCGAGAGCACCCGACAGCGGUUGCAACAGCAGCUGGCCCAGGCCCAGGAGGCCCUGAAGAGCCUGGGGGCCCUGAAGAAAUGACUGGCUUGGGAUCUUGUGUUCCUAGGUGCCUAUGGGCAGAAACCUUCUAAAAGGCGUUCCCCUGGUGGCCCUCUCCUCCUUUGUCCCAUUGAACUAUUCUUGCCUCCUCAGAUCUCUCUCUCUCCUUACUGGUUUUGCCUCCUCCCAGACUGGAAGCAAAGGUGCUUCUUUUUCUUGGGUUCAAAGGGUGGUGGUGUUUCCCCCCAGCACUGAGGAGAAGGGGUAGAGAGAAGAGACAGGGCAUACCUUGUCAUCUGCAAAACUAAGGAUAUAUUUGAGCCAUGUCUCUCAAGUCUUCAGGCUGAGAUGAAGUAUACAGCUAAAAACCAGGCAGCUGUGUUAGGAGGUGAGAUAGUAGGGGAUCUUCAGCACACCCAUGCUGCAGGGGUGGGCAGGGCAGGGCUGGGCUGGGCUGGACUGGACUGGACUGGACUGGACAGUCUUCAUCUGGGCUUCCCCACAAGAAAUAAUGAAGGCCAACCAUUCUGGGCCUCUGUUUUCUUAUUUGUAAAAUGGGAACUAAUGCUUUCUGCGACCUUCAGGAGUUGUAAGGUUAAGAGGGUAGAACUUUCUGCCUUUGGAAGAGAAGGUAUUGGAUUCCGUCCAGUGUUGGGAAUCUAACUAUGCUUGGAAACUGUAUUAGAAAGAAACACAUUUCCUUGGGAAGGGAAAAUUUACUGCAAUUCCAUCCUA